AUGGGAAGGAAACCGCACUCACAGGGAAGUACGGAUGGGGAACAAGUCGGAGAGGAGGCGAUGUUGAAGGCCCUGGAAUCUGCGCUAUUGGCCGUACGAGAUGGAAGGAUGCAAAAGCAAGACUACUAUUUCAAAUUCUGCACUGCUGAUUCCAAUGAAUAUAUGUUUGAGAUCGUUGAAUCAGCAUUUGAAGCAGUUGGAAACGGAUCUUUAAAAGAAGAAGAUUAUUACUUUGAACUCACUACUCCUUAUUUUCAGUACGAAUCAGGCUGCUAUCCACAGCAGCAGUAUGAUGAAAUUACAUAUUCGGAGGAUCCACGAGGGCCUGAGUCAUUCAGAAUCUGGGAUUACAUCAGUCCAGUUAGGUCGCAGAUCAAGGACUACGUGAAAGAUGUAUUACCGUAUCAGCUUACAGGGAAGAUGAAGUUGGACAGACUCAUGAACGGCAUAAGCAUUACAUUGUCUACGUCAGGGUUCUCGAUUCGAUUGUUCCUGGCACUUUCCGUGAUAAUGGUACAUGCAACACCUUCAAGUGCCAGGGAGGAACCACCCUUGACACUGACCGCCGGCCAAAGUGGCGUCAUUCCGUUUGGGUGCAAGAACAAACAACCGUCUGCGCCUAAAUACUACACCGUCAAGUUCGAGGACAAAGACCGUCCUUUCUACAUAGAUGGAUUGUUUGACACCGAAGGACUGAUGUCACCAGACCAAGCUGGACGAUUCGACGUGAGAUAUGUCGAGAACGACAAUCAAAUGUCUAUAGAAAUCAAUAUAGCAUCUGUCUCCGUCGAAGACCAGGGGACAUACAUUGCAAUACUCAUUGUCCAUGGGGAUACACUUGAGUCUCAUACCAUGAAAAGAGCUGUCUUUAUAGUCAUUCCCCCCGGCCCGGUGAUUUGCUAUAUAAAGUUCAGUGGAACUUCACUUACACAGAAUCGGCAUACGAUUCAUUGCCAUUCUGAACGCGGAACUGGUAAUUCCACUCUUAGCUGCUUUCAAAAAGGCGAUAAAAUUCCGUAUUUUUACCUAAAUGGCGAUGAAGAGAGCGAUUCUCAGGUAGUUCACAGACGGAAUUUUUGGCUCAUGGAUAUAGACAGCCCAGUAUUUUGUUGUUCUCAUGACAUAAGCGUUACUAUUACUCAAACGUUAUGUAACCAAUUCAGAUUUCCCUACGAAUACCCUAAAAUUAGCACUACUCCCAAACCUCCGAAAAUUGCUACAGAAAUUCCGCAGAUAACAAGACCCAUAUUCAAACCAGAUAAAAACAUUCCGCCUUAUCCUUCAUAUUCGGGAUGUGAUCGGAAUAGUAACCGGUCUGCUCUUAUCAUCUCUCUUGCCGUGCUUUUCAUUUAUGCUUGCAUAUCGAAUCCCUAACACAAUCUCGCAAUGAAAAUGAAGUUCAUGUGUUGUCUCUUUGUAUUUUCUUUCAAUUCAUAUGACCAAAAUGACCGACCUAGAAAACAAAGUUCGAUGCACGUUUUAUAAGUCUGAUUGGAUUUUUCUUUCUUUUCGAUGGCUUUAAUGGGGUUGCUAUUUUUUCGAACACAUAAGAAGGAAAUUUACAUAAGGAGAUAAUAGUCAUGGUUCUGCAAUGCAGGAUACUGAUUAACAAAAUUUGAAACAGUGAAACCUAUUCAUUCAUAAUAUACACUUUU